AUGAACGGUGUGCCGGGAUGGAUUCUGCCUGAGAUGAUCUUGUGCAACGAAGGCAUGCCUAAAUGUACCCUGUGCAAGAAACGAAGAUUGGAGUGCAACUAUCCUUCCCAAAAUGACGAUGAGGAUAGUCCUGUAGCCUUAUCCUCUGCCCAGGAUGGUACAGAGAGCGGCACUGUGACCCCAGCAGAGUAUUCACAGGCAACACGCUUGCUUGAGACCAGAUUAUUCCACCAGUGGAUGACUUCGACGCAUCACACUCUGUCGCAAGAUGGAUUGUCAGCGCACCACCUGUCCAUGAUCAUCCCUCGCAUGGCCUCGUCUUGUGCAUAUUUGCUCGACAGUAUUCACGCGCUGUCAGCCUUACACUUGGCGUCGAUAGAACCUGAGAAUCGGGCUUCAUGGCUGGACGCUGCUGUACGAUAUCAGGGCCAGACAUGUGCUGGUCUGGGUAAAAUUCUUCCCGCCAUCUCCGAAUCGGAUUAUGAACCAGCAUUUGUCACUUCUAUCUUCAUUAUGCUUUUUGCCAUGGGUGUCCGAGUAUUAUCUCUCGACAGUCGACCACUAGACCCGCUUUCAGUGGUUCUUGAGUCGCGCACAUUGAUGUCCGGUCCUGCCAUGCUUUUCUGUCGACUAAAUCAAGGUGGGAUUGAAGCACAGUUGGAUGGCUGGCUGUGCGCCCCCGAUACACAAGAACGCCUCGAGACCGGGGAAGCUAGUCACGGUGGGGUCCCCGUAGAGAACACAGAGAUUUUAUUCAACCUCCACGAAAACAUAAUGAUGUCGUUGGCUCGACUGCGUUCAAUGAUUGACACAAUGAAAGGACCGGAUCAACCGAUUUACCAAGUAACCUGGCAGCAGCUACAUCAGGCGAUCGAGCCUUGGCCCAGAAUUGGACCAUACGGCGGUCCCAUCGCAUGGCCCUUGUUCCUCGAUGACAGAUUUUCCUCGUUGCUUCAGAACGGCGACUGGAUGGCGCGUGUCUUGUUCCUGCAUUAUGGUAUAGCUAUGCGUCUUAUGUGCCAUCGAUGGUACGUACGCGACUGGGGUCGUCGCCUUGUCUUGGCUACGCUCGAACAACUGGACAAUAUUCCGCAGGAGUGGGAGGAAACCAUUGCUUGGAUUCGACUCGCUGCCGAAAGGGAGCUACAAUUGCUACCAUAA